AUGCUAUAUGCACACAUGGGCUUGGACAACUUCAUGAAUCUUGCUCUCGCCAUUUAUCCCACGCUCCAGCGCCACGGCCUCGUCCCCAACCUUACAGUCAAUACCCUCAUUCGCAUAAUCAAUGAGUGGCGGACAGAUGGGGCUGUAGCAAGCACGUCAUCGGCUGCAUCGCGAGUGCCAGUCGAGUUGUGGUUACAAAUCGUAGACUAUCUCGAGCCCUCGGAUACCUCUGCAUUGGUGUUUGCUUUAGGCACCAGUUUCUUCACGUUCCACCAUAAGCUUAGUAGUCAAACACUGAUCAGGCUGUGCAUUUGGAGUCGCAAAUCCAGGGAGAAAUAG